AUGAUUAAUUCUAUGAUGAUUUUUAAAUUACCACGAACUCGUAUAAAACAUUCAUCUAACAUAACAUCUUCAUAUGGAAAUAUUACCGAUGUGUAUCAAUUUUAUAAUCGAACUGAACAAAAUAAAAAUUCUUAUUUAGAAUUUGGUUAUGUUAUAUAUAAUCAUGAUCUACGAGUAGAAUUACUUGAAAAUAUUGUUGGUGUUCGUAGUGAUAAAUAUAUGACUAUUUGGCAAGCAUUAGUAUUUGUUGAUAAUAUUGAAACUUAUCCUGUAUCUUUACUAUUAUCUUUUAUAAAAAUACUAAUUAAAAUUGAUGCUUUAAUUGAUCAAUUACUUGGUUAUCAAAUAGAAUAUGAAGAAUAUACAACAAAAUAA